AUGAACGAGUCCGCAUCGGACUUCUUCAGCCGAAUCCGCAAGCCUCAAGACCUCAACUUCCUGAUCACGAUGAAUUUUCGGAGGAAAAUCAUGGACUGUUACACACAGCUCCCGAGAGAGCUAUCCGCGACAAACAUGCAUCAUCCACACGAGCUGAAGCUCCACAUGCACUACUACAACAUCAUCAUGAUCUUCGAGUCCGUCGUGGCCGCGCGGGAUCGCGACUCCUCCUCUUCCUCCUCGGCAUCCCCUCCGCUGCCGUUCGACCUGCCCAAGGACUUCGAGUCGUGCGACAUUUUCCUGAUCAAACUGCUCUCGUGUGUUGGGUUUAUCCAUCUCAAGGAGCUAGCUGCACCCACAGCCCGGCCUGGCGACACAAAAGCGAGAGGCAACAACGCUGCUACUGGUGCUACUACUACUACUGCUGCUGCUGCUGCUAAACACGAUGGGAACGAUGGGAACGAUGGGAACGAUGGGAACGAUGAUGAUGAUAACGAUGAUGAUGGUGGCGACAGCAGCAGCCAAGACGCCUCCGCCGCCAUCAACAACAGCGAAGCAGAAAUACGCGCAACAGUGGUCCUGCGCAUGGUCAAGGCGACCAUGACUGCCUCCGAUCUCGGGAUCCUGCAGGGGUACCUGACGCUCAAGGACGAACCAGAGGGUGGUGAAGAGGACAGCGAGCGCAAGGUGCUGAUAGGCGAGCAUGUGCGGUCCGCCUGGCCUGUCGGCGUCGUCGGGAUCAAUGAGGACUUUGAGAAGCUGAGGCUGGGAACCGUGUUAGUGCCAUAG